AUGGUAGGCCAACGGCCUUCCUCUGACAACGCAAAGGAGUUCAAGUUGAGCAUCCCGACCGGCGAGCUCAUUGUCCAGCUCUGCCUUCCGCUGACCCAGGCUGUUGUAGAUAUGGUCGAUCCUCUUUUUGACCUGCGUGCUUCUCUCGUGCUACGGAAGCCAGUUCCGCGGCUCUACAAGAAUGCCGUCGAUCUCCCUAGUCAUCCCUUCCACGCCUGGUCUCUCGAAUGGCAGCUAUUGAGCGCUAGCUCAAAUUCAUCCAGCUCUGACUGGUACAGCGACGCCUUGGUGGCCUCCAUUUUCGCCCACAUAUCUCGAAGCUCGGCUGUCGUGCCAGCUUCCGUCAAGAGCUUCGAGAAAGACGGAUCCGUAGCACCACUUACCUCUACCUCGUACCGCUGCACUCUGUCAGCAAACUUGGUCUCCAAAACCUCGCAUCAUUUUUGA